AUGGAGUCGGUGCUUUCUACACUUUAUCGUUCAUAUGGCGCUACGGUGCCACCUGGUUCAGUCAUGCUUCCUUCCCUCUGCUCCCCUCCUCAUUCGGCGAACUUCGCAGGCCUCAGUGGGAGUUGUUCUGUUUCUGGUUCAGGUGGGCACCGUCAAACAGUCUUUUUUCCUGACAUCCACUCUGGUCAUUUAGGCUCUGAGGACCUAGCCAUUUUUUCGGCUCAGUCGUCCAGCCAAAUGGAGCACCCUAGCUCCCCUACUAGGAACAGUUUGUCGACUACUUCCCCAGCCGUACAGGCUGGCCUCGGGGGACCGAAUUCUGCCGUUGGCCAGAUUAUGCAACUACGUCUACCUCCGGCCAGUCGGUCGCGACAAGUAUCACUGCCGGUUGUUGCGGCGGCUGCAGGCGCGGGGAGUGGUUGCGGCUUCUCAAAUGGUGAUGUCCUCCGGUAG